GCUGCGUCAGAUGCUCAUCGAGUGUUGCUGCGGGUGGACGUGCUCGCUUUCUCUCUCCGUUGCGGUUAACUCGCGUUCGCGCUCGCGUAUUCGUGUGUCUGUCCGCGUUCCCCGUCCGUGUGUGGGUGUAGGUGCCAAUGUGUGUGUGCCUUUGGUCGCGUGUCGUCGCCGCUUUCAUGUAAACGAAGAUUGUGCAAAAGCCAAAAAACUUGAUUUGUGCGCACGGCCAGCAGUAAAUCAAUUUAACAAUAUCAAAUCGCUCGUAAAACCGUUUGAAAAAACACGUCUAAACCAAUUUAUCCCUACAUGUACAUGUAUAUAUAAAACCAUGCAGCCGAAGUGUUAAUCGACAAACUACAACAGCAACAAAGCCGGAGAAAACAACAUGUGAGGCGGCUCAAAAAGUUAAUUCUGCCAGUCGAAAAGAUGGCCGCCAGGAUGUGCAGCAUCGUUUCCAUCGUCAUCAUCUAGACUUUAGAUGCAGCAACAGCAGCAGCAGCAGCAGCACUCACAGAUACACACGCAUACCAAUGCCGCUGGCAGCCAGACACUCGCACACCAAUACCAAUGCCAGUCCCUCUUAAAGACUGCAUGGAUCCCAUGUCAAAUUCAUUUAUGAGUUCUAGCACUGCAAAAAACGAAGCUCAUUCGACGCCCACCAAAAAGCAUUUGGCUGUUGUUCCACGAAGUCAACAAGGAGAGACAGGUGGAGCAGCCGUUGGCGCCCAUCACGGCCACCAUUCGGCGGCCGGGGCGCGCAAGCCCAAACUGCGGCGCUUCAACUCCCACGACACAAGCUCCAAUAUGUUCUCGGUGGCCGAUUUCGAGAACGCCCGCCUGGCCCGCCGCAACGAGAUCGAGCUGAACCAGCGGAGGGCACGACGCGUGCGCGGCAGUGCCAACAAUAGCACCUACGGCUUGGGAGCGGGCUCAGGAUUGCUGGGAGGUGUCCAUUCCGGAUACUGUGACGCACUUAAUGGCAGCGGCGAUUACUCCACUGGGGACAGCAAGGCCUCCAAGGGCAGCAGCGAAGGACCGCUGACCGCCAUUGAGUUCCUUGAGCGGAAUUCCCUGCCCCGCGUCGUUCGCAUCCUGCAUGCGAGCAAGAGCUCCAACGAAACUCUUCAGUCCAGCUCAUCGCAUGGCUCCUCAACGGCGGCAUCGAGCAGCUCCUCGACGGGAGCGAAUCCGUUUGGUUCUGGUGGUAGUGGUGGUGGAAACAUUUCCAGUGGCAACAUUGACACCGGCACCGGCACCCAUUCAUCGUCCAGCGGAGGCAGCGCCACCGGAAACGGAACUGGCUCUGGUCCUGGUCUAAGUUCGGGCUCGGGUUCUGGUUCUGGUUCUGGUCACCAGAACAACAACGGUCGACACAGCAGCAACGGUGGCACCCCACCCGGCCACGAUGAGCUUUUUCUGCUCUACAGGCUGGUGCGACAGCGCAACAUCUACCAUGGACACAACGCCAAGACUCAGGCAUCGCAGCGCAAGAAGACCCUGCUCAUUCCACAGGAGUUUCCGGGUUACUUCUCAAUGCUGAGCGAGAAGGGCCUCCCCACGGCCACACAAUACGGAUCUCUGAUACAGCUGGUUCGGGAACGGGUUUACAAGUUUGUCUCAGUGGACAACAUGCCGGCGUUUACGGAAUCCUCACCCAACAGUACGAAUAGUCCAACGCACGAGGGAUGCCUGCCCAUAAACAAGGGACGUCCACAGUACGUGAAAACGACGGCAAGGGGCGGGCAGGUAUUCCGUCUGUUGGCCGUCUUCGAGGAUGGCAAACAGGAUCAGGUCAAUAUGUCGCAGCAUGGCAACGGCAAUGCGACCAGGUCCCAUGGCAGUGGGUACAUGGGACGAGAGAAGGAGAAGAACCGGUAUGCCCAGCUCCUUAAUGAAAACAGGCAGGUGUUGUACGUCCCACUGUCCACCAAGGGCAAGUUCUUCGAGAUUGAGCCGGGAAUUCCUCAACUGCUUCAGAAACUGGGCGAUGCGCAGCGCAAACUGAAUCCGGAGUGUGUGCAUCGGUUGAGUGCUUUGGUGACGGCGGCCAAACAGUUACCGCUAACACUGCGAUAUAUCUCCGGUCCAGGCGGACCCGACAUUCCCGAGCAGCUCUGCAUUAGUCAAGUGAGCAAGGAGGACGUGGUCGUAGGCUGUUCCAUUGAAGACGUGGAUACCCAGACGCCCUUGCAGCUGAGGAAGUUCUAUCCCAGUCGGGAUAUACAGCUAGUAAAGAGUUAUUUAGGCUUUGACUCCGAACAACGGAUGCUCGCUAACACGAAUGUGCAGAAUAUGCUCAAGUUCUGCCAAUUUAAUUGCGACCCAUUCCUGAAGCUUGUGGAGAUUGAGUUAAUUCAGCGCUCGGAACGCUCGGGAAGCAAGAAUCGAGAGGGGCUACGAAUCCUGAAGCCACUGCAUUUUCCAAAGAUCCUGAGACGCGAGAAGAGCUCCAUGGCAGCAGCGCACGAGAAGGAGGAUUCCAUUAUAUUCCUCAGCAAAACCGAUCUGGAGAAUCUGGAAGCCAAGGAAGCAGCAGCGUCCGCUGCAGCUCAGUCGGAAUCCAGUUUGAAUCGCAUCUCUGAGCGCAUGCGAGUGUUCCAGUCCACCAAGAAGAAGUGGUUUGGGAAGCAUCAUCCGCAGCAACAGCAGCCACAAGUAGAGAAACAUCAAUCUGACUUAGAUCUCGAUGAGCAGGCUAAGCGGAUGAGCAUGGAGCGCUAUACGGACAUGUCCAAGCUUCUGCAGGAGCGUUUUGGGUCAAAUCCCGAACAGCCAGAGCAGGAUGCUAUCUCCCUGAACAGCACAGCAGCGUCCGACACCGAGACAACGAUGCUGACUAACAUGGAGCCGAGGUCUCUGGACACGAUGAUGCAGAAGUCCAUGUCUUUGCAGGAUAUUGAGCUGCUCAAUGGUCAAUGCAAGCCGCGACCUGAUUUGCUGGCCAGCCACAAUCACAAUGACGCCAUCAGCGAGGCGGGUACCGAACUGGAGGAUGUUGAGAAUCAGACCCCACCUCCGCAGUCCUUCAUCACGGAGAAGCUCUACAACGAGUUUCACGUGAAGACCAGACAGUACAGCAAGUCAUCGUCCAGUUUGCACCAGUUGCCUCUCUUCUCCUUGCCGCAAAAGUUGCAACUCCACGAGGCUGAGAAGGAGAAGCGUCAUCUGAUGUUGCUAAAGGCGCAGCAACAGGCAAUGACCAGGGAACCGAUCACUGGAAGAAGGGCAGCCGGUGGAGUUUCUCUGUUGGGAGGAGGACUCAAUCAACUGGCGAUAUCACCCGCAUCGCUGGUGGAAGAUGACUUGCCCUACUCCAGUGUGCGCGAUUCGCUGGUAACUUCCGGCGGGGACUGCCUGCGAUCGGAGGCUGCCAGCAGACCAGUUCCCGUUGUGGACUACACAAAGGAGAAUAUAUACGCUGAAAUCUGUCCUUCACACACAGCGGACACUUUUUCGGGCGCCACUCAGUUCACUCAUGUGCCCGACGAUGAUGGCGAUUAUGCAUCGCUCAAGUAUUCGGUCAAUGGACCACAGUCGGUCAGUCGGAUAGAGGUGAAUGGAGCUACGGCGGCGGUGAAGAGCAGCGCAAUCAGCUACCAUACCGUGUACCUGGGCGAGGAACCGUUGGGCGAGAGGCACGCUGCCCACAUCACCACCGUGGAGUUGGCCGGAGAGGAUAACAUUUACAAUACGCUCAAAUGAUGACUCAUGUGAUUCCGGCGACGUAAGUUGGCCGGCGCCAAAGGCCUGUUUUAAAAACGCCGAUGGACAAAAGGGCAAGCAAGAGGGGAUUCAUUUUACCCAUGAUCCUACCAAGGCUAUCUUAUUGUCUUGUACUCGAAAGAAAUUGAGGAAUUCUGCAUUGAAAACUAAUUUUGUACUAUGAUUGAUUCAACGAAAAAAUACCUUUGUUUAUUUGCAUUACAUAUUAAAAUGCCAUUGAACUACUUUAAUUUAAACUUCCAAACAAACAUUUUAAACGAAAAAGAGUAUUUAAUUCAUGUUUUGGUUUUAUUGUGUAUUUCUCAGUUUAAUUUUAAAGCGUAUGAACAUUUACUUUGAUGAGGAUAUGAAGAACUAACUUUUUGUAAGUUUUGUUUUCUUCAAAUACUUAAAGAACUAAGUAAAAUCAGAAUGUUUGAGUACAAGACAAAGAUAGGAAUAAUAUUAAAUCAGAGAAGAAUUGAAAGACACCAUUUAUUUGCUGUGAGGCCUUUCUUAAGAUCGGUAAAAUGUUUUAAAUAGGCUUUUGGAGCAUUCAGCCACGAAAUCAAAUGAAUUUAUAUUUUAUCUCGCUUACAAUUUUAAGAAAUGGUUACAGCAGAAUACCAAUGUAAGAUCGUUGUCAUAUAAGUGAGAGGUCGUCUCAAUUUUAAGAAAAAUACUUUUCCCUGUUUGCCCUUUGAAAUAGGUGAGAGAACAUAUAUUUAAUCAUUCAAUAUGGCGCUGAUGCACAAAACACAAAAUAGUAGAGAAAAUAUCUUAUUUUGCAAUAAUACAAAACUCAAAGCGGAUUAUGUAUUGUGAAUUCAAACAGAAUUUGAAUCUGGGUCAACAAACACCCACACGAAAGUAAAGAAAAAUCUCUCUCGUAACAUAUAAUUACACAUAUAUUUGUAGAAAGUAGUAUUAGUAUAGGGAUCAAAUUUGUAAUUGAGACGUCGCUGUGGACGACGAAAAACCCCCUUGAAAUGACAAAAGAAAUUGUAAUAUUAUUAUUAACCAAGUGAAGACAAGCAAUUUUGUAAUGUAAUCUAUAGAUGGGUGCACCCACUCCACGACUUUCAGCCCAUUAAACGCCCAGAUCCCUAGCCCAUACAAAAAAAAAAACAUCAUAUUGAAACUGAACAUUUGGAAAUUGCAAUAUUAUACAAUUGUAUACAUAACUUAUAUAUAGAUAUACUUAUACACAUAUACUAACGUACAUACGAUAUGGAAAUCUUAGUUCAAACCUAAGGUAUUAUUAGCUCGUAGGCAAUCAACAAGUCAAAUCAAAUCAUAAGCGAUAUACAUCUAUAUAUGCAUAUAUUGUAUAUUUGUAAAAUAGCAUAAACUUUUAGGGCAAAAUGCCAAACUUUUACACGA